AUGUCCGCGCAGCCCUCACCGCGCGCUGGAACGCCCGCGGCGCAAAUCAAUGACCACGAACCUUCACCACGCUCUCAAGCCACCCAACCUACAAACACUACAUCUCUCCCCGAUCGCUCGAUACCGGCAGCGCCUUUCAACAGUGACGCCUCGAGCGACCCUCCCAAAAACACCAUCGGAACUGCCGCGACAUCAUUUGUACCCGCCUGGCGCAGACCGACUAUCCAAAUCGAUGGCGCAUCAGACAGCGGCGGACGUCGACCCAGCGUACAGUUUGUUCCUCACGUAAAAGAGACGGGUGGAUCGCGGAGCAGCAGUGCGAAACCUUCACAGCGCAAAUCAUACGGCGGCGCACCCUCAGCACGCCCCGGAGCUGGCGGAAGGAGGCUUAGUAGUCCACCUCCUCCGCCUCAGUUUCGACCGUCGGUCAGCUUCGAUACCUUUAGCAACCCGUCGGCGAGCGACUUUAGUCUGACACUCAACCGGAAGCACAAGGAGUACACCUACACCAAGCGCAGCAGGACGUUUCUGUGCGGGACGGAUACGAAUGAGUACAGUGAUACGGCACUGGAAUGGCUGAUUGACGAAUUGGUGGAUGACGGAGACGAGGUGGUUUGUUUGCGGGUGGUGGAGAAGGAUAGCAAGGAGGCCACAAAGUGGAGUGGUGGGCAGGGUGAGAAGGGAUACAGAAGGGAGGCACAGAGGUUCUUGCAGGAGAUUGAGAAGAAGAAUACGGAUGAUCGGGCGAUCAGUUUGGUACUGGAGUUCAGUAUCGGACGGGUCCAAGAUACGAUUCAACAGAUGAUCCGGAUCUACGAGCCGGCAAUGCUUGUCGUUGGAACCCGAGGACGUAGUCUGACUGGGUACCAAGGUCUGCUGAGUUCUGGGAGCGUAAGUAAGUACUGCCUUCAGUACUCUCCGGUCCCGGUAAUUGUUGUCAGACCCAGCUCUAAGCGGGAAGCAAAGAAGCGAAAACGACUACAAGACCCUUCCCGAAGUGGCUAUCGAGACAUUCUGGACAAGUCGGAGGAGACGACAAGGGGUCGUGGAGGUCACCUUCUUGACGCCAACAACCGUCUCAGCAUCAUGGGCUCAGACCUCGGUCCUCUGGGAGAAUUCAGCCAUGCAGGCGAUGAUUCUGGAGACGAAGCACGACGGGUCGCAGAAGCAAUUGGCUACAGUUCUGAGAAUUUCCCAAACACCGCGUCACUCCGCGGCAACUCGUUAACCCGUCUCUCGUCUGCUCGUAGCGAACGCAGCGACGACGGUGUCGCCUCACCUCCUGGGCGCCUGCUCAAAUCACCAGAACUGGGCGUUGUGGACUCUCCACCCGGUAGUGACGACGAGGAUGAUCUUGACGAGGAAGACGUCUCGCUCCAAGAAUCCAUUCGUCCACAAGAUGAAGCCGCCCAGCUUGCGUACGAAGCGGCGCUCAAGGAAGCCGAGGAAGUUCGCAUGGAUGCCGAAGCCAGAGCGAAGCGCGAUGCUGAGAGGAGCGCGUCAAGGAACCGGCCGACGAGUCGCGUCAGGGGAAAAGAUGAUGAGGAAGAGGGCGGUGGAGCUGCGAUUUUGGGGCUUUAUGAGCAGCUUAAGCGUGGGAUGUAG